AUGCGCCUAAGCAUUAAGUUCCCAACCUCGCCUCGCUCCGCCGUCGAAGCCACCGUCGACCUCUUCUUCCGCGCGCGCCACGAUCCCUCAAUACAGCCAAGCGCCUGGGACGACCUCGUCGCCAAGUUCGACGAACAGAAACAUGCCCAACUUGAGGAUGCAACGAGCGUGGAGAAGGCGGAGGAGAGGGAGAAGGAGGAGGAGAGGAGGGAGAAGGAGGAGGAGAGGAGGGAGAAGGAGGAUGAGAGGAGGGAGAAGGAGGAGGCUAGAGCGAUGUCGGACAAGGAAGGGAAGUGA